GUUAUCAUACUUCGGCGGGUCUGUCCGACAAAUGCAUUCGCCGAAUUAUUAUAUAUGCUGUCGAGUCCUCUGCUAUGAUUCUCAUGGGUUUGUUCAGUAUGAGCUAGCCUCGCCACUGCUCUUCGCCACGUGUGAUUAAGCAGUACGAGAUUCUUUCUCGUAGAGUUGCACUGUACCUUGGAUCCGUCUUGACGAAGGUCCCCUCGCUCAAUCUUGCUUAUACCACCUUUUCCUCAACUCUUUGACGAAGCCAGCGUCGGCUGGGUCGGACAGCCAAACCUCCACGAACUUAUGGUAGUGCACAAGAUCCUCGCAUCCUUGGGCAAGAUGGGCCAACUCCAUGACUCCUCGAGUGGCUCAAAUGUCCCCUUCCCGCAGCGUCCCGUAAUCAUCCUUGGAGCUGGAAUCAUCGGUUGCGCCACGGCGAGACUGCUCUUGCAAAAUGGUUUCCGGGUAGUGUUGGUGGCAGAAUAUCUCCCAGGCGAUCAAAGCAUAUGGUAUGCAUCCGCCUGGGCGGGUGCAGCAUGGCACGCAGCAGGGGGCAUCAGUCCCGAAUAUCAAUACAUUCAAGCCGUCACUCACCGCCAUUUGCUUCGAAUGGCACAGGAAGAACCUGACUCGGGUGUUUGCAUCGUCGACUCAUAUGAAUACCUCGAACAACCUCCUUCGGAGAACUCAUCGGCAUGGGGCAAAACUGUGCUCUCCAAGUGGCGUGAUCUGCAACCAGGAGAAUAUCCUUCUGAGUUCAGCUGUGGCUGGCGCUAUGAGACUCUUGUGACCGAUCCGACGAUCCACAUGCCCUACCUGGGUAAGAAAAUCACCGAGCUGGGUGGCCAGUUCAUCCGCAAGCGGGUUGAGUCUCUUGAGGAACUGCAUCACAUGUUUCCCGAGUCCAGCAUUUUCAUCAAUGCCAGUGGGGUUGGGAGCCAGACCCUCAAGGAUGUCCGGGACGAUCGGUGCUUCCCUGAACGAGGCCAAAACGUCUUCUACAAGACGGACAACUGCCGGACUAUGUACUUCCGGAACGGACAGGAAUACACCUAUGUCAUCCCUCGUCCUAUGUCGCACGGUGUGGUCCUCGGCGGCGUGAAACAAGCAGAUAGCCUCGCGCCAGAGAUCGAUAUGGAGAUUGCUCGAGAUGAGAUUGCGCGGGCGCAUCGACUCGCGCCGGACAUUGUCCCGGAGUCGCCCUCUGAGGAGGCCCUCAGCUAUAUUGUCGGAAUCCGACCGUCGCGACGAGGAGGUUUCCGCCUGGAUUCUGAGCGGCAUGGAAAUCGGGUAGUUCUGUCAGCCUAUGGCUUUGCGGGUGGUGGCUAUGCCUUUUCGUACGGCAUCGCUGAUGCACUGGUUAAGAUGGUAGAAAGUGCCGAGAAAGAUCAGGUUUUACUUGGAUGAUCGUCGUCUUAUCGGCAGAUGGAUGAUUGUUAAUGCCCGCACCGUUUGCUCCUUAGCGCGAUAUGUUGUUCUUUUAAGACCCAGAAUUGAUUGAAGUGUGGAGUGCUCCGGAUGGCACCACUGAGACAAAGCAAUCAGAAAUUUAGACCUCCUGAAGGAAAACCUGGAUGAAGAGCGACCCUGCAACUGGGGCUAAUCUAUGGACAGAAU